UUUGACGAACUGUUGUAAGCGAAUAGAACUCUCACCAAUAUUACUGCUUGCUUGUACCCGUUCUCGAAACUUCCUAGGAGAGUAAUGGACGUUACUCGAAAGGGAACCAAUCAGAUAGCGCUGCACACUUCCGAAAUUCUCCUUUUGCUGGCGGUACGAUAAUCGAACAAAAUGACGGAAGGUGCAGUUACAAUUAGAACUAGAAAAUUCAUGAGCAAUCGGUUAUUAUGCCGAAAACAAAUGGUUGUAGAUGUAUUUCAUCCAGGUCAUCCAUCAGUUCGAAAAACAGAAAUACGUGAAAAACUAGCUAAAAUGUACAAAGUUACACCAGAUGUAGUUUUUGUAUUUGGUUUUCAAACUAAUUUUGGUGGUGGUAAAUCAACUGGAUUUGCAUUAAUUUAUGAUACAUUGGACUUUGCAAAAAAAUUUGAACCUAAAUAUAGGUUAGCUAGGCAUGGACUAUUUGAAAAACAAAAACAAACAAGAAAGCAACGUAAAGAACGUAAAAACAGAAUGAAGAAGGUUAGAGGUACAAAGAAGAGUAAAGUAGGAGCUGCAUCUAAGAAGGGAAAGAAGUAGUCAAAUGCUCAUCAUUUGUACUACAAGUCUCAAGAGGGAACUUAAUUAUGAUGCUCAUAUAUAUGGUCAGCAUGCAAAAAUCUAGGUUUCAGUUUCCCUUUUAUAUGUUUUCUUGAUUUCCCUUUUUUAGAUUUGCUUGGAUUUGUCUUGUAUUAUAGUCCUAAUGUAAUAUAAAUUUUAGUGGAAUUUUUAUUUAGUUUAGUGCACAUUUCAUUCAUUGUAAAAAAUGCUUUUUUAAUUUUUUUGUAUUUAAAAUUUUAUAUACCAUAUUUAAAAUGAAAAUAAUUAUGAAAAAAUAAUAAAAUUAUCUCUAUUAAUAUUAUCUAAUAAUAAAAUUAUUAUCAGUUAUAUUAUCAUCAAAAUCAUUUAUCUAGUAAUUAACAGUUAUUUAUAUAAUUUAUAUAUUAUUAUAAUUUUCAUUAAUUUUUAAUAUAUUUUUUGCAUUUGAAUCAAAUAUUAUAAAAAAAUUAUUUUUAAAAUAACUAAAAUUAAUAUUUUUUUUUUUUUCAUAUGUGAUGUAAAUAUAAAAUAGACAUAUAUUAAUUGAAUAUUAUAUAAUAAUUUUGAGAUAAUUUAAAUUAAUGUUAAUUUUUUUUUUAUUUAGAAUAUAAAAUAAUUAUAUAUUUUAUAUAAAAUCAAAUAGAAAAACAUUUCAGCUUAUUAUUUUUUCUUUUUUUAUUAUUAUUUAUGAAGCUUUUUCUUUUUUUAUUAUUAUGUAUAUAUAUACAUAUAUCAUCAUUGUAUCAUGCUUUUAUUAGAAGUAGAAUAUUGUUUUGCAUGUAUGGAAUGUAGCAUAAUUUAUUAAUAUUAAAUUGAAAAUAUGUUAAUGAUAAUAUUAUUUUUUUAUUUUUUAUUACAGUAAAACAUCAUGAAGACCACAAUUUGUUCAACAUGGACGUAAAAAUUAUUAUAAUAAUUUAUUAUCACAGAUAAUUAUGAUAAAUUUUACGGAAUAAAAGUGCAUUCUUCUUGAUGAAAAAAA